AUGGAGAUUCGGAUAAAAUGCUCGGACGCAAUCCUGGUCGUCUCACUGAUGACUACAAUGAUUGCCCAAACAUUGGCUCGACCUAUUCCGAAACGCCAAAGGUCAAGCAGUCCAGAAAUCGGGCUGUACUAUCAAGGUGACAUCAUGUUCAUGCCUGGUGAAUCCUUCGAGGAUCACGACGCAAUGGUCAAGCCCGAAAAAAUGUGGCCGAAAGGAAUCGUUUACUACGAAAUCGAGGACAGCUUCAGUGACGAAGAAAGAGAAAAAAUCUACAAAGGCAUUGCGCAAUUCCACCGUGACACUUGCAUCAAGUUUCGCAAGCGAAAUGGCCAGAAGGGCUACGUUCUCAUUCGCAAAGGAACUGGUGGAUGUUCUGCAAACGCCGGUUAUUAUGGUCGACGACAAGUUGUGAACCUAGGAAGAGGAUGUUUCGAACACGGAACUAUUUUGCAUGAGCUGAUGCACGUCAUUGGAUUCCAUCACGAACAGAGUCGAGGAGACAGGGACAAGUACGUCAAUAUCUUGUGGGAGAAUAUCAUGCCAGGUGACGAAGAAAGAGAAAAAAUCUACAAAGGCAUUGCGCAAUUCCACCGUGACACUUGCAUCAAGUUUCGCAAGCGAAAUGGCCAGAAGGGCUACGUUCUCAUUCGCAAAGGAACUGGUGGAUGUUCUGCAAACGCCGGUUAUUAUGGUCGACGACAAGUUGUGAACCUAGGAAGAGGAUGUUUCGAACACGGAACUAUUUUGCAUGAGCUGAUGCACGUCAUUGGAUUCCAUCACGAACAGAGUCGAGGAGACAGGGACAAGUACGUCAAUAUCUUGUGGGAGAACAUCAUGCCAGGUGCCGAGGUGAACUUCAAAAAAUUCAAGCCGGGAAAAUUCGCACAAAUCGGAAAGUACGACUACUACAGCGUCAUGCACUAUCACGCCUACUCAUUCUCAAUCGACACUGACCAGCCGACUGUGACACCCAAGCGAAGUGCCAUCAGUCUAGAAGACCUGGGCCAGCGUGUCAAUUUCUCCCCACUCGACGCCGAGAAGAUCAACAUUUUCUACAAAUGCGACUCCAAAGGAGGACAUUUCGACUUCAACGACGUGACGGACGUCAGUGGCAGUGCUGACGAUGAGGAACGCGACGACGAGGACGACAGGGGAAGUGGGCACGGAGACGAUUUCGGGUUCCCGGGAUUCAGUGAUCAGAACCAGGGCAUCCGGACACGACCGCAAGAGCAGCCCGCCAAUAAUGAGCAGCAUCCAGUUUGGCAAUCUGGGGAUGAUGAGGCAGAAGGUUUGAAUUAUGGGUCGCAGAAAUCGCCGGUUUUCGACUACAUCAAGAAAUUAACGGACCAAUAUUAUCAGCAAGGAGACGCAGCUGAUUUUUCUAAUCCUGCUGCUAGGCCGCCACAAUCGCAUGCUUAUCCGGACGAAUCAGCGGAGCCAGCUCAGCCGAAUUACGAGGACGACGAGUACCCGGAUGAAUUCAGCAAUAGCAACCCCAGGCCCGAGGGUACAGCAGCAUCCAACCCUGCUCCAGCGUCUGAUUACGAAGACUACGAAGAAAGGAAAAAGAAAUGA